AAAAGUCUGGACAAUUACACAAUUCUAAAGUGCAACUCUUCACAUUGUGAGAAAGACAGAUGUUUACGUAUACGACUAAGUUGAUUGGUUAAAAUCGCUAUUGGUAUUCACAAUUCAAAUAUUAGGCUUGUGAUUUGUAUGCAUUCCAACUUUGUGUACAUAGUAUGGCGUGUUUGAUACGUACAGUUUUUCCCAGAAAGGUGGAUGAUUCCAAUGGAUUAUGUUCGCCUAAUGUGGAUGCUAACAUGCCUUUAGAAGAAAUUCCAAUGGAGGAGUCUGUCAGAAAUAUUUUAACUGAGGAACAAAUAUAUGAUGAUGAAUGGUCAAUUAGUAGAAAUAAAUUAUACUUUAUUGUUCAAUUUUCUGUAUCUGAUUCGAAUAAGAUGGAACGUAUCCUUGACAGACUAGCGUAUUUCAAUAUUGGAAAAACACUUGACUCGUCAAUUAUGGUUACAGAGCCCACGAUAAAUGUUCAGAAACGUAAUAAAGGAGAAAAAUCCGGUGUUAUAUCAUAUUCGGCAAUUCAAAACUUUAUUGGAACUCUGAAAUCACGAUUGUGUGUUGCUCAGUUUUAUUCAGCUGUUUAUGUGGGUUGUGUUGUUUUCGUUUUGUUGGUUUAUCUAGAAUUAGAACUGUCAUGA